ACAUUUACUGGCCGCUGUUUUUGUAUUUAAAUUUGAACUUCAAUAAAUUUUAUAAAAUUUUCUUUUUCGUUCUUCAAAAUGGAAAAAUUAUCAAUAAUGUUGUCGGAACUAAAAGUAUAUAGUAAUUCUAAUUAUAUUUCCACUGAGAUAAAAGAAAUUGAGUGUUUGAAUGGAAAGGUUUCAGAAUCCGUAGAAACGUAUCAAACAAGCCGUCUCGAGGUCCAAAAUAAAACUCAGGAAGUUUUAAACUUAAAACAAGACGAACAAAAUUUAUUUUUAGAAAUAAGGAACCAAGAAAAGCAAUUCACCUCCACCAUAAAUGAAUUAGAGCACUUGAAGAAGGAGUAUGGAGAUUUGUUGAAGCUUGAUGAAUAUGAGUUUGGCGCAUUUGAUAGACUUAGUGAUUUAGAGCACCAAAUCAAAAUAUAUGGAAUUACUGUAGAGGCAUGCUUCCGAGAAUCAACAAUAACACAAGCUAAAAUUUUAUUUUCGGAGGAGAUGUUUGUAAUUUUGAAUUGCGAUUUAAUUGAAAACAAAUAUGAUUUGCAAAAAAUAGUACCAAGCCACCCUCAGUUCGAAGAAAUGCGAGGAUUCCUACUGGAGUCUGGAGACAUAGCAGGAUUUUUGUGCUAUGUAAAAUGUUAUUUUAAGAAAAAGGAAUUUUUAUUCUAGUUUAAGUUCAUAUGUUGGUAUUGAAACUUUGUCUAUUUUAUACUUUUCUAGGUUAUUUUUUGUCAAACAAAAUAAAAUAUUUAUACAGUGUUGGUAAAAA